UUUUUUUUACUUUUCUUUUUCACAACUCCUCCGAAUUAAGUUUGUUUGCAGCCAAAGAGGUGGCUGCGACCCGGUGCCCGCGGUGAGGGGCUGGGGGGGUUUGUUCUCGGUAGUUAGAAGAACCGUGGGGCGCCUUGCCUCACUGGGGAGUUGCUCUCGUCCUCCGAAGAAAGUAAAAAAAAAGCUUCGGUGGUUGCUUCCACGAAACGAGUCUUACCUCGAGAGAGAGAGGUAGACUGCAUGUGGCUUGGGGGGAUCUUUUUUUUGAGCCGCCGCUUGUGGGGGAAAUAAGGAAGCCCUUAAACAAGCCCGUUGCUGUUGUUUGGUUGCUAGAAAGCGGGGUGGGGGGGAUACUUAUUGAGAGUUAGGAGGUGCUUUCUAUGGCCUCUCCUGUUGUCCCUAGUGGGGGCUCCCCAACAGGUGGCGGGGCCGCUGCAGGGCUGCUGCAGCCCCGCUGGAAACGUGUGAUUGGGUGGUCAGGCCCUGUGCCUCGGCCCCGACAUGGACACAGAGCGGUGGCAAUCAAAGAGCUGAUUGUGGUCUUCGGAGGGGGCAAUGAGGGCAUCGUGGAUGAGUUGCAUGUCUAUAAUACAGCUACAAACCAGUGGUUCAUCCCAGCUGUGCGUGGAGACAUUCCACCUGGUUGUGCUGCAUAUGGUUUUGUUUGUGAUGGGACUCGUCUCCUGGUAUUUGGUGGAAUGGUUGAAUAUGGCAAGUACAGCAAUGAUCUGUAUGAAUUGCAGGCCAGUCGUUGGGAAUGGAAGAGACUCAAGGCCAAGAUGCCCAAGAAUGGGCCCACACCAUGUCCACGCCUUGGACAUAGCUUCUCAUUGGUGGGCAACAAGUGUUACCUUUUUGGAGGAUUGGCCAAUGACAGUGAAGAUCCUAAGAAUAACAUUCCCAGGUACCUAAAUGACCUCUAUAACUUGGAGCUGCGGCCAGGAUCUGGUGUGGGGUCCUGGGACAUUCCCAUCACCUAUGGUGUAUUGCCUCCACCACGAGAAUCCCAUACAGCUGUGGUCUACACAGAAAAAGACAGCAAAAAGUCCAAAUUGGUCAUAUACGGGGGCAUGAGUGGUUGUCGUCUUGGUGAUCUCUGGACACUUGAUAUCGAUUCUUUGACAUGGAACAAGCCCAACCUGAGAGGGGUGGCUCCACUCCCCCGAAGUCUGCAUUCAGCCACAACCAUUGGGAACAAAAUGUAUGUAUUUGGUGGCUGGGUGCCUCUUGUUAUGGAUGAUGUCAAAGUGGCUACACAUGAAAAGGAAUGGAAAUGCACAAAUACUCUGGCCUGUCUCAACUUAGACUCCAUGGCUUGGGAGCCCAUUCUGAUGGAUACACUGGAGGAGAAUACUCCACGGGCACGUGCAGGGCAUUGUGCCGUGGCCAUUAAUACCCGCCUGUACAUCUGGAGUGGCCGUGAUGGAUACCGCAAAGCCUGGAACAACCAGGUUUGCUGCAAGGAUCUCUGGUAUCUUGAGACCGAGAAACCUCCACCCCCUUCACGGGUUCAGCUGGUUCGUGCCAACACCAACUCCUUGGAAGUGAGCUGGGGUUCUGUCCCAACUGCGGAUACGUACUUACUCCAACUGCAGAAAUACGACAUCCCAGCUGCCUCCUCGCCAGCUGCUAAUCCUGUGCCCUCAGUGCCUGUCAAUCCCCCGAAGAGCCCUGCCCCUGCUGCUGCUGCACCUGUCCCUGCCGUGCAGCCUUUGGCACAAAUGGGUAUCACCCUGCUGCCGCAGACCACAGCUGUUGCUGCGGCCACUGCUGCCACCGCCGCUGCCGCUGCUCCUGCCCCACCAACCACAACAACCAUCCAGGUGCUUCCUACCGUGCCUACAAGCCCAAUGCCAGGGCCUCCUCCGGCAGCUGCCAUUGCUACUCCUCGUCCACAAACUGUUCCAGCUGUGCUGAAGGUCACUGGCCCACAAGCUACCACAGGAGCACCACUGGUAACUGUGCGGUCAGCAGGACAAGCUGGGAAAGGCCCAGUGACCGUGACUUCUUUGCCAGCUGGGGUGCGCAUGGUGGUACCCACACAGAGCACUCAAGGGACGGUGAGCAACCCAGCCACCCGCAUGCUGAAGACAGCGGCUGCCCAGGUGGGCACCUCAGUCUCUUCAUCCACCACCAACACACCUACCCGGCCCAUCAUCACCGUGCACAAAUCAGGCACUGUCACCGUAGCACAGCAGGCCCAGGUGAUGACAACUGUGGUGGGUGGGGUAACGAAGACCAUCACAUUGGUGAAAAGCCCUAUCUCCAUGCCUGGAGGAAGUGCAUUGAUUUCCAAUUUGGGAAAAAUGAUGUCUGUUGUGCAGACCAAACCAGUCCAGACAUCAGCUGUAACAGGCCAAGCAUCAACUGGUCCUGUGACUCAGAUAAUCCAGACCAAAGGGCCUCUCCCUGCUGGCACUAUUCUGAAACUAGUGACUUCAGCAGAUGGCAAGCCCACCACAAUCAUCACCACCUCUCAGGCAGGUGGCACAGGUACUAAGCCUACCAUCCUGGGCAUCAGCAGUGUGUCACCCAACACAACAAAGCCUAAUACCACCACUAUUAUCAAGACCAUCCCCAUGUCAGCUAUUAUUACGCAAGCAGGCGCCACAGGUGUUACUAGUAGUCCUGGGAUUAAGUCUCCCAUCACCAUUAUCACCACAAAAGUGAUGACCUCUGGCACUGGUACACCCGCCAAGAUCAUUACAGCAGUACCCAAAUUAACCACAAGUCACGGACAGCAAAGCAUAACACAAGUAGUGCUUAAGGGAGCACCAGGACAACCGGGCACAUUCUUGCGAACUGUCCCUAUGGGUGGAGUACGACUCGUUACCCCUGUCACUGUGUCCGCAGUCAAGCCUACUGUUACCACUUUGGUAGUGAAAGGAACAACAGGAGUUACAACCUUAGGCACUGUAACAGGCACGGUCUCAACAAGCCUAGCUGGAACUGGGGCACACAAUACUAAUGCUUCCUUGGCUACGCCUAUUACCACCUUGGGGACCAUUGCUACACUUUCCAGCCAGGUCAUCAACCCAGCUGCCAUCACCGUCUCAGCAGCACAGACAACCCUGACAGCGGCAGGAGGCCUCACCACUCCCACCAUCACUAUGCAGCCUGUUUCUCAGCCUACUCAAGUCACCCUGAUUACAACCCCCAGCGGUGUCGAGGCCCAGCCAGUACAUGAUUUGCCUGUUUCUAUAUUGGCUUCUCCCACCACAGAGCAGCCCACAGCCACCGUCACCAUUGCUGAGCCGGGGCAAGGAGAUUCACAGCCAGGCACUGUUACACUGGUUUGCUCCAAUCCACCCUGUGAAACACACGAUACUGGCACAACCAACACAGCUACGACCACAGUUGUGGGCACUUUGGGUGGGCCAGCUCAGUUACAGUUUGUGUGUGAUGGGCAGGAGGGGGGUGGCCUCCAGCCCAAUGGCCGAGUGGUGCGGAUAUGCUCCAAUCCUCCUUGUGAGAUGCAUGAGACUGGUACCACCAACACAGCAACCACCGUUCUGAGUGCUGGACAGAAGGUAUGUUCCAAUCCACCUUGUGAAACUCAUGAGACUGGCACCACUAAUACAGCCACCAUCUCCAAAACAGAGAAGGCACCCUCAGAGCCACCAUGCCAUACUUUCCAGACCAGUGCCACUGGCACCACCAUGACAGUAAAGCCCAUCGUAGGUACGGGUCAGCUAGUGUGUUCCAAUCCUCCCCAUGAAACCCACGAGACUGGCACUACAAAUACUGCUACCACCACCACCUCACACAUGGGCCAAGAGCAACCUGAUGACGUACAGAAGGAAUUGACUAACACGCCAUGCCAAACAAAACAGACGGGUAGCACUAGCACCACCAUGACGACAAAAACAGAUAUCCCCCCAGAGCAUCCAAGUGCAGUUCAAAUUGUAAGCUUCAUGCCAGCUGCUGGCUUGCCUAGUGCGGCUUCUGGCACUCCCACAGAGCAAAGCAGUGAAGGACCACGAGCCCUGAAAAAAGGCCAGUGUGAAUCCCAACAUACUCACACCACCAAUACUGCCACCACAGCUCGGUCGCUCAUGGGCAAAGGGCAGCCAGAUGGCGAAUGGGUGGGAUCUGCCAACCUUCCGUGCCAAACACAGCAAACCAACUCUACCAGCACCACCAUGUCUGUCAAAGUUGAUGUGCCAGUUCAGUCAAGUGCGCCUUGCAAGACCCAUAACACGGAUACCAAGGACACAAAUCUUGAAGUGUGCUCUAAUCCACCUUGUGAAACUCCUGAAACAGAUACCACAAAUGCAGCUACCGUAACGACAUCAAACCUGGGUGCUACCCAGCAGGUGUGCUCCAAUCCACCUUGUGAGAUUCACGAAACGGGCACCACCAACACAGCUACCACAGCGACUUCCAACAUAGCCGUGGGACAGCAGGUGUGCUCCAAUCCACCUUGUGAGACUCACGAAACGGGCACCACCAACACAGCUACCACAGCGACUUCCAACAUAGCCGUGGGACAGCAAGUGUGCUCCAAUCCACCGUGUGAAACUCACGAGACGGGUACUACGAACACAGCCACCACCACCACGUCAAACCUGGGAGCUGAACAAAAUGAAGGUGCUCAGCACCAGCAUCCCCCUGUUACUGCACCCUGUGAAACGCAGCAAACCAACUCCACCAGCACCACAAUGACAGCCAGCAUAGGAGGUGACGGCUCUCAGUCUUCCAGCUCAGCAUCAGCACAAUGUGGCAACUCAGAACUGAGAAAAACUCCUGAGAGAGAAUCACCAGGGAUUGCUGGGUCUUUGCCUCAGAGCUCAACACCCAGAAUAUGCUCAAACCCUCCUUGUGAGACACAUGAAACAGGAACCACCCAUACGGCCACCACAGUUACUUCUUCCAUGGGUGCCAACCAAGACCAGCCACCUGCUACCAAUGGGCAACAAGGGGAACCAGAGAUACCUGUGACUGAGAGUCCAGCCGCCAGCAGCCCCAGUGCUGCUGCUGUGACCACGGUUUCCUCCACUCAAAUCAGAGCUGUCACUACUGUCACCCAGUCCACACCAGUACCAGGGCCUUCUGUACCGCGUGUAUCACCCUUGCCUACGACAGUCAAUCCGACCGGUUCCCAGACGCAUCACUCCCCAUUUCACCAGGAGUGCUGCUACCACGGCGGCCUGGGCGAUGCAGGCCUCAGCGGAGGAGAUCUGCAGGGCGGCGACUUGGUCAUCACAGUCACCCUUUGUCUUGCGCCUUCAAAUACUUUUGUGGCCCCACAGCCUGUGGUAGUAGCCAGCCCAGCAAAAUUGCAGGCAGCAGCUGCCCUGACAGAGGUUGCUAAUGGGAUUGAACCAGCUCCAAUGAAACCAGAGCCUCCCACACAGCCUCCAAAAGUGGUGGUGAAGAAGGAAAACCAAUGGUUUGAUGUGGGUAUUGUCAAGGCAACCAACAUGGUGGUGACACACUACUUCCUGCCGCCUGAUGAUUCAGCUGCUACAGAUGAUGAUUCAGGAACGACUCCCGAUUAUUCUCAAUUCAAGAAGCAGGAGCUGCAGCCUGGUACUGCUUAUAAGUUCCGAGUGGCAGGAAUUAAUGCCUGCGGACGAGGCCCUUUCAGUGAAAUCUCCGCAUUCAAGACCUGUCUGCCUGGUUUUCCUGGAGCGCCUUGUGCCAUCAAAAUCAGUAAAAGUCCGGACGGGGCCCACUUGACUUGGGAACCACCUUCGGUCACCUCUGGAAAAAUCACAGAAUACUCGGUGUACCUGGCCAUCCAGAGCCCUCAGGCGGGUGAACCUAAGAGUGCAGCACCUGCCCAGCUGGCCUUCAUGCGGGUUUACUGUGGGCCCAGUCCUUCGUGCCUGGUCCAAUCAGCUAGUCUCUCCAAUGCCCAUAUAGACUACACCACAAAGCCUGCCAUUAUUUUCCGCAUUGCUGCCCGCAACGAGAAGGGCUAUGGUCCUGCCACACAAGUUCGGUGGCUUCAAGAAUCCAGUAAAGAUGGAUCCAUGACAAAACCAACCAACAAGCGGCCGCUUUCAUCUUCUGAUUUGAAAAGUGCUCCAAAGAAGCCCAAAGCAGAUGGGCAGUGAAGGGAGUCACCAGCUGUCCCCUCUUCCUGCCUGCUCCACGCCUCUGCCUGAACUCCCCCAGC